UAUGAAUAGCCACAAGCCCUAAGCGCACGUAUAUUCCAUCACUGUCUUUCUCUACUCCCACGCAUAAACAAACUUAACCCAGUUCCCAAACAAGCCCACAACUUCAUCAUCUCCAAAAUCCCAAACUCUUCUAAAACCCUAACAAGAACCCUAUCUCCCAUUUUCUGGAAACAUUUUUUCCAUACUCCCACUGAGAAAAUCUCCAGAACGAACAUUUCAACCAUGUCGAUUUCUAAAGCCGUCUUUUUGAACCACCUGCAAACAAUCGCGAGAGCCUGCCGUCCCCGUGUUCCGUCGCCAUUGUUCGCCGUCCGGCACAUGUCUUUCGCGACGCAGGAAGAGGCCGCCGCGGAACGUCGCCGUCGUAAGCGUCGUCUUCGCAUGGAGCCACCGCUUAAUUCGUUCAACAGAUCCCCGCAACAGCAGCAGCAGCCUCAAAUCCCUAGACCUAUCCAGAACCCAAAUGUCCCGAAAUUGCCAGAAUCGGUGUCGGCUCUCACCGGGAAACGCCUCGAUCUCCACAAUCAUAUCUUGAAAUUGAUUCGGGAGAACGAUCUGGAAGAAGCAGCUCUCUACACUCGUCACUCUGUGUAUUCAAAUUGCCGGCCGACGAUUUUCACCGUGAACGCCGUUUUGGCUGCGCAGCUCCGGCAAGCCAAAUACGGAGCGCUUCUGCAGUUGCAUGGUUUCAUCAAUCAAGCUGGUAUCGCCGCUAAUAUCAUCACAUACAACUUAAUUUUCCAGGCUUAUCUUGAUGUUAGGAAACCCGAAGUUGCUCUUGAACAGUACAAGCUGUUUAUUGAUGGUGCGCCAUUGAAUCCUUCGAUUGCUACUUUUAGGAUUCUGGUAAAGGGUUUAGUUGAUAAUGAUAAUCUUGAGAAGGCGAUGGAGAUUAAGGAGGAUAUGGGUGUUAGAGGUUUUGUUGCAGACCCUGUUGUUUAUAGCCAUCUGAUGAUUGGGUGUGUGAAGAAAUCUGAUGCAGAUGGUGUUUUUAAGCUUUAUGAGGAGUUGAAGGAGAAGCUUGGUGGGUUUGUUGAAGAUGGUGUGGUUUAUGGGCAACUGAUGAAAGGAUAUUUCAUGAAAGGGAUGGAGAAAGAAGCCAUGGAGUGUUAUGAUGAAGCUAUUGGAGAGAACUCAAAGGUUAAGAUGAGUGCUAUGGCUUAUAAUUACGUGCUGGAGGCUUUAAGCGAAAAUGGGAAGUUCGAUGAGGCUUUGAAGUUGUUUGAUGCGAUGAAGAAGGAACAUAAUCCACCGAGGCUUUUGGCUAUGAACUUGGGAAGUUUUAAUGUGAUUGUUAAUGGGUAUUGUGCAGAAGGAAGGUUUGAGGAAGCUAUGGAAGUUCUCAGGCAAAUGGGUGAUUUUAGGUGUAGUCCAGAUACUUUAUCGUUCAACAAUCUGAUGAAUCAGCUGUGCGAUAACGGAUUGUUGGCCGAGGCUGAGAAGCUUUACGGUGAAAUGGAUGAGAAGAAGGUGAAGCCUGAUGAGUACACAUAUGGUCUGUUGAUGGAUACUUGUUUCAAGGAAGGUAAGAUAGACGAAGGAGCUGCGUAUUACAAAACGAUGGUUGAGUCGAGUCUAAGACCAAACUUGGCAGUGUAUAACCGGUUGCAAGAUCAGUUGGUUAAAUCCGGUAAACUCGACGAUGCAAAGUCCUUCUUCGAUAUGAUGGUGAACAAGCUCAAGAUGGACGAUGAGGCUUAUAAAUUUAUCAUGAGGGCGUUAAGUGAAGCUGGGAGACUCGACGAGAUGCUUAAGAUUGUGGAUGAGAUGCUGGACGACGAAACGGUCAGAGUGAGUGAGGAAUUGCAGGAGUUUGUGAAAGAAGAGCUGAGGAAAGGAGGAAGAGAGGAUGAUCUGCAGAAACUUAUUGAUGAGAAAGAGAGAUCGAAAGCGGAGGCAAAGGCUAAAGAGUUAGAAGCAGCAGAAGCGAAGAAGAGGAGUACACAAAUCAGCAUAGCUUCACUAAUUCCUCCAAAACAAGGGGAAGAAAAGGAAGAAAAGGAAGAGAAGGUAAAGAUGCUUUGGGAUAACAAUGAUGUUGAAGAAGCAAAUGUGGUGGAGGCGGAGCCGGGCCGAAGCUCAUGAAGCAUGUCCUUGGGAGCCCAUAAGUUCAAAAUAUUUGUGAAUGGCCGAGGCUUUUUUUUUUUUUUUUUUUAAUAUCUAGGUCUAAAGUUCGAGUCUAUGAAGCUAUGAUUUCUUUAUCAUUUUGCUUUAAUUGAACAAGUUGGCAAAUGUUCUCUCUUUUUUUUAACACUUUUUUCUCCUUGUUUUUCUUUUGAGUCUUUGAGA